CCCUGUGUAGAGCGGCGGCGAACGGGCAGCUGGGCUCGGCUGCCUGGAGCCACCGCGCGCGCUCCGCACCCUCCUCUCGCACUGCCUCCGCCCGGUCCCCGCACGCGGUGCCCUAGUGGCCCCCGCCGCCCUCCACGCCGCGCCCCCGCACCCUGCAGGCUACCGGCCGCACAACCGCCGCCGCCCCCUGGCCGCGCGGCUCGCCUCGCCCCGCCCCGUCUCUCCUCGCUCCGCCCCACCCCAGUCAGCCCCGCCCUGCCCCGCGCCGCCAAGCGGUUCCCGCCCUCGCCCAGCGCCCAGGUAGCUGCGAGGAAACUUUUGCAGCGGCUGGGUAGCAGCACGUCUCUUGCUCCUCACGGCCACUGCCAGGCUUGCCGAGUCCUGGGACUGCUCUCACUCCGGCUGCCACUCUCCCGCGCUCUCCUAGCUCCCUGCGAAGCAGGAUGGCCGGGACCGUGCGCACCGCGUGCUUGGUAGUGGCGAUGCUGCUCAGCUUGGACUUCCCGGGACAGGCGCAGCCCCCGCCGCCGCCGCCGGACGCCACCUGUCACCAAGUCCGCUCCUUCUUCCAGAGACUGCAGCCCGGACUCAAGUGGGUGCCCGAAACUCCCGUGCCAGAGGCCUUUGAAAUUGUUGUUCGCCAUGCCAAGAACUACACCAAUGCCAUGUUCAAGAACAACUACCCAAGCCUGACUCCACAAGCUUUUGAGUUUGUGGGUGAAUUUUUCACAGAUGUGUCUCUCUAUAUCUUGGGUUCUGACAUCAAUGUGGAUGACAUGGUCAAUGAAUUGUUUGAUAGCCUGUUUCCAGUCAUCUAUACCCAGCUAAUGAACCCAGGCCUGCCUGAUUCAGCCUUGGACAUCAAUGAGUGCCUCCGAGGAGCAAGACGUGACCUGAAAGUAUUUGGGAACUUCCCCAAGCUUAUUAUGACCCAGGUUUCUAAGUCACUGCAAGUCACUAGGAUCUUCCUUCAGGCUCUGAAUCUUGGAAUUGAAGUGAUCAACACAACCGAUCACCUGAAGUUCAGUAAGGACUGUGGCCGAAUGCUCACCAGAAUGUGGUACUGCUCUUACUGCCAGGGACUGAUGAUGGUUAAACCUUGUGGCGGUUACUGCAAUGUGGUCAUGCAAGGCUGUAUGGCAGGUGUGGUGGAGAUUGACAAGUACUGGAGAGAAUACAUUCUGUCUCUUGAAGAGCUUGUGAAUGGCAUGUACAGAAUCUAUGACAUGGAAAACGUACUGCUUGGUCUCUUUUCAACAAUCCACGAUUCUAUCCAGUAUGUCCAGAAGAAUGCAGGAAAGCUGACCACCACUGAAACUGAGAAGAAAAUAUGGCACUUCAAAUAUCCUAUCUUCCUCCUGUGUAUAGGGCUAGAGUUACAGAUUGGCAAGUUAUGUGCCCAUUCUCAACAACGCCAAUAUAGAUCUGCUUAUUAUCCUGAAGAUCUGUUUAUUGACAAGAAAGUAUUAAAAGUUGCUCAUGUAGAACAUGAAGAAACCUUAUCCAGCCGAAGAAGGGAACUAAUUCAGAAGUUGAAGUCUUUCAUCAGCUUCUAUAGUGCUUUGCCUGGCUACAUCUGCAGCCAUAGCCCUGUGGCGGAAAACGACACCCUUUGCUGGAAUGGACAAGAACUCGUGGAGAGAUACAGCCAAAAGGCGGCAAGGAAUGGAAUGAAAAACCAGUUCAAUCUCCAUGAGCUGAAAAUGAAGGGCCCUGAGCCAGUAGUCAGUCAAAUUAUUGACAAACUGAAGCACAUUAACCAGCUCCUGAGAACCAUGUCUGUGCCCAAAGGUAGAGUUCUGGAUAAAAACCUGGAUGAGGAAGGGUUUGAAAGUGGAGACUGUGGUGAUGAUGAAGAUGAGUGCAUUGGAGGCUCUGGUGAUGGAAUGAUGAAAGUGAAGAAUCAGCUCCGCUUCCUUGCAGAACUGGCCUAUGAUCUGGAUGUGGAUGAUGCGCCUGGAAACAAUCAGCAGGCGACUCCGAAGGACAACGAGAUAAGCACCUUUCACAACCUUGGGAACGUUCAUUCCCCGCUGAAGCUUCUCACCAGCAUGGCCAUCUCAGUGGUGUGCUUCUUCUUCCUGGUGCACUGACUGCCUGGUGCCCAGCACAUGUGCUGCCCUACAGCACCCUGUGGUCUUCCUCGAUAAAGGGAACCACUUUCUUAUUUUUUUCUAUUUUUUUUUUUUAUCCUGUAUACCUCCUCCAGCCAUUAAGUAGAGGACUAACCAUGUGUUAUGUUUUCGAAAAUCAAAUGGUAUCUUUUGGAGGAAGAUAAAUUUUAGUGGUAGUAUAUAGAUUAUCCUUUUGCAAAGAAAAAAAACCCAUCAAGUUGUGCCAAAUUAUUUUCCUAUGUUUGGCUGCUAGAACAUGGUUACCAUGUCUUUCUCUCUCUCUCUCACUCCCUCCCUUUCUAUCUUUCUUUCUCUCUCUCUUUGCAUGGAUUUCUUUGAAAAAAAAUAAAUUGCUCAAAUAAAAA